UGCAGUUUCACUUUAUUUACUGCAUACAGUAUAAUUGUGUAUUUGCGGAUUUAGCAAUGGUGCAAGAAACCCCGGUUUGGCUCAACGCCUCUUACGUGCAGAAGGUGCUACGAAAAGCUGAAAAUGAUGAAUCGAUCGAGGUUUCUGAUAUCACCGUAAAACCGGCCACAGCGAAAGGAGAAAAUUAUUUGAGUGCUAUGUACCGUGUGACAUUUAAAUUUUUGCGGAUCUCGGGUGGACGAAAAGUUGGAGAGGAAAAAUCUAUUAUAGUAAAAACAACAUUGGAAGGCACCUCGUUGGCAGAAUUGAUUGAGGAAUUGGAAGUUUUCUGUACUGAGCUGUCGGUGAUGUCGGUUACAUUGCCAAAAAUGAACGAAGUCUCGUCAAAAGCAUCCUUGCCGCCAUUGGGUGCAGAAUGUCUGUACCACCAGUACGAGAAACCAACUCAUGUGGUAAUUGAAGAUUUGGCACCAAAAGGGUUCACGAUGGCUGAUCGCGAAAACGGUCUGGAUCUAGACCACUGCUUAGUAGCGAUUCGAAAUCUGGCCAGGUUUCACGCAGCUUCAGUUGCACUUUUAGAAAAGGAUCCCGACGCACUUGCGACGUACAACAAGGGGUUAUAUCGCAAGAAUCAGACUCCUUUACUCAUUAAUUAUCUUAAAGGAUGUGUCAGAUCGCUUGCUAAUGUAACAUCCGAUUGGCGCGAAUUGAGUCCAAGAAUAUCGGAAAAAAUUCUAAAACUAUCAGAUGUCGUCUUCGACAAGGGAUGCGAGGCUGUUCAGUUUCGAAAAGAUGAAUUCACUGUUCUCAACCACGGAGAUCUUUGGAUAAACAAUAUAUUGUUCGUCUAUGAUGAACGGUGUCAACCUGUUAAUUCUAUAUUCGUGGAUUUUCAAUUAUGUUACCGUGGCUCACCAGCAAACGACAUUCUAUACUUUAUUGGUACAAGUCCGACUGACGAUGUCCGAGUGUUACACCGAGAAUUGCUUCUGCGCGAGUAUCACACCUCGUUGGCCAUUGCCAUGGUGAAUAUGAAUUGCAGUACCGAAGUACCGAGCUUUGAAAAUCUCCAAGAUGUAUUGAAGAAGCGAGCUUUUUUGGAAGUGGUUGCCAACAUGGUAUCACUGCCGAUUGUUAUGAUUGAAAAAGGAGCAGACCUCGACCUUUCAAAAAUCGCGGAUUCAGCGGAUGAAAGUAGUCAUUCAGGUUACCAUAGAAAGGCGUACAAGGAAGUCAUGGUCAGGGUUCUGCCACUAUACGAUAGCCUAGGAUUAUUGGAUGUGUAAAGACGUUUGAAGGCAAUCGGUAAUCUAUGCGCCACUGUGCAUUUUGCAAUUAAAACAGAAUACCGACAU